UCCAUAUGAGCCCCGGGUGGCAACGCUAACCAGGGUAGAGCUCUCAAAAACAAAUGAAAAGCAACAAUACUAACGCAAGUUAGUUUUUAUAAUCGGACGAAAUAUAUAUGGGUUGUCAUAUAAUAGUGAGAGCUUCGUGCGUCGCGUCGUGCCUCACACAUAUGAGUGAAAAACUAGCUGGCAACAACGGGAACGAGUCCAAAUGUCAAAAAAAAUCAAAUUAUCCAAGGUGCUGCGAGUAAAGUGAACAAAUUGCGUGCGAAUCGUUUUCGGUCGGACAAUGUCUGCGUCGGUGAUUUGCGUUGACUCGAGCUCGGACUCCGAGGAAGAGUCCCCACCUGGAGGAAAACGUCGUCGACUGACGGAUCCAAAGCAACAGGGGACCCCAUCUGGAGGUUCGGGAAUGCCCACGAAACUGGUAAACAUUCUCAAAGCCUCGCUAGGACCCGCGGGAUCUCCAGGAACAGGACCUGCACGAGGUUCUGCAAUCCUAGCAGAUCCUCUCCGGUCGAUGCACAUACCCAGUGGGAUUACAGUCACCAAGCACCAGAAAAAUAACAUGACCGCCAAUGGCAGUCUCACAAUAUCUCUGGCCGAAAACAACAAUAACAACACAAACAGCUGCAACAACAACGUGAUGGGGAAGCCAAUGAAGAUGGUUGCCGCCCAGAACGUAGCGUGGUCGGUCAGCAGCAAGGCGCCCAGUUCGAAUGCCGUGAUAACAAGCGUGCCCAGCAAUCAGGUCAAGAUAACUCCAAGUCAACAGAUCCGGGUUACGCCAACCGGCAAGGUGGUGUAUGCCAAUGCCAGCACCGGAGCAUUCCCGAAACAGAUGCCUGCAAAAAUCAUAGCACCGGUUGGGAUAGGUCAGCAACAGCAGCAGCAGCAGCAGCAGCCGACACAAAAGCCAUCACUUAAAAUAAGUGUAACAAAACCAAAGACGCAAAUAAAGCCAGAAGUACAGCAGCAGCCACAGAAGCAGCUUCUCGGGCAACUGCUUCAGCAACCACCAAAGCCAUUCGUUGGAGCACCCCAGCAGAAAGUGUCCAUCAGUCAGCUGCAGCCCACGCAGAAGGUUAUGGUUGGACAAUUCGCCCAGCAGCACCUCCAGGCACAGCAGCAAAAGAUGCUAGGCGGAAAACUCCAGCAGCUACAGCCGCAAAAAAUACUUCCGGGGCAAGUCCAACAGCCACAGCAGCCGAAACUACAGGCGGGACAAAUCCAACCGAUACGGAAAAUAACAGAAGUCCAGGCGCCAAUAACGCCCCUGAAGCAAAAGCAAAAAUCACAAAAGUCACCUAUUGUACAACUGCAACAGCAGCCAAAACAGCCGCAGCCCCAGAAAGUAUCCAUAGGACAAGCACCACAGCAACAAAGAGUCUCGUUGGGACAGAUUCCUCACCAGCAGCAGCCACAGCAGCCGCAGCUGACGCAGCAUACGAGAGUAUCCCUUGGUCCAGUUGCCCAACAGCAGCCUAAUCCAUUCCUGGAUCCAAUCCAGCAACAGUCUUUAGCGCAUUUACAAAGCCAGCAGAUGCGAGCCUCCAUUGGACAGCUUCAGAUGCAACAAAUGCAGCAAAAAGCCAACCAGCAGAGCCCACAGGCAGCGAUAGUACAACAGCAGCCGAAGCAGCAGCCACCAAAAGGAAACCAAGGUCCGCAGCAACAGAAGGGCUUGGCGGUGGGGCAGCUGCUGCCGCAGAAGAACCUGAAAGUACAUCAGCAAAAUAAGACUGUGAUAGGUCCACAGAGCACUGGGCAGCCGCAGCCGCAGCCGGUUCCGAGAACAGUAAACCCGUCCAUAAACCAAAUAACUCACAAAUCGAUGACGAUACAAAAGCUACCCACGUUGCAGAAGACUCCCGCAGUGGCCAAGGUUCCCCCAAAGCAAUUGGUUCCACCACAGAUGCAGCAGCCUUUACAGGCUAGUCCCCUGCAGAAGCAGUUACCAUUGGGUGCUAGUUCCUUGCAGAAGCAGUUGCCACAGCCCCCUAGUCCAUUACAAAAGACCGUCAAUCCAUUGCAGAAUCAGUUGCCACAGCCUGCCCAUGUUGUGCACAAGCCACCAGCACAGCCCGCUAAUCUUUCCAAGAAGCAAACCCCAAAGGCGGCUAAUCCUUUGCAGAAGCAAUCGCCACAACCCGCUCAUCCUGCCCAAAUGCAGAUAACGCCCAUGGCCAUUCCAACGCCUCCGCCACCGCAGAAGAGCAGUGGGUCAAUAGUCAGGCCGCCCACGGUGGCCAAGAUCUCGCCAGUGUCGCCCACCAACCGACCCAGCUAUCCUUUCCAGCCGCAGAUGCCUGGAGCAGUUAAUCCUUUGCUGGUCCCUUGAAUGAGUGCGGCACGUACCUUGCCUUUUCGCAGCACGUCACACAAUGCCGCCCCAACGCCCCUGACGGCAGCCCAGCUCCAAGGGUUUACGGUAGCGAGUGCCACGCCCCCGCAGCGCCUGCUGGCGACACCACCUCACUGUGCAGCAGCCCUCAAUGAGCCGCUGCUUCUGAAUCUGCCGCCAACGACCAGCAUAACACCGCAGCUGACGCCCACAACGACUCCACCGCCGGCAGCGAUUCCCGCAUCCGUACAGCAACUCCACCUGGCCAAGGCGGCUGCGUUCAAGCUGAACUCCCUGCCGGGAGCCAGCAUAUCUUCGGUACCGAUACCGAAGCCUCCGGCGAAACGCGUUCAGCCGAUUACAGUUCUCAAGAAAUCUGACGAGGAGUGGCGGCGGCAUCUUCUCGAACAGCAGGUGCAGCAAAAGCAAAAGGAACCACCCGAGGCCACGCCAACCAUUGUUCUGGUAGAGUCUCCGCCCACCACACCGCCCACAGAGAAGCUGGAAGUCCAGAGCAAUGGGACUUCUUCAGCAAAUGACCAUCAGAACCUCCAGCCUACUGCGCCGAAAGAUAAGAGUCGAAAACUCAAGUCACCAGACGUCACGGAAGUUGUGGACUUGGUUGAUCAGCCGGAGACACCUCCACGAAAGAAGAGAAAGCUGGAAAAGCCAACGGAAAAGUCACCUCCAGCCAGGGCUCCAUUUAAUCCCGUGUAUGCGGCAUUCCUCAAGCUUUGUCGCGAGGUGGACAAGAGCAGUGAUAUGGAGCGUCUUGUACAGGGAAACCUCACCAAGUACUACUACAGUGUGAACGAGAGCUUCCUCCAAUCCCGCGGUUUCCGAAAGCUACUCGAGGUUGCUUCGCAUCGAAUCAGGAACGAGUCGGACCUGGUGUAUGUCCACAUAAAGAACGUGGUGGAUGAGAUGAAGGCUAGACGGCUGCCGAAGGUCAAGGAAAGAAAGCCAUCUAGAGAAUCGUCGUCAAAGACAGCCGCUUCUGCUUCUUCAAAGGAAACCACGACACCAUCUCGGAGUGACCACAAAAAAAGAGAGAACCAUGUGGCUGAGAAAGAGACGGCGCAGGAGCAGCCAAAGGAGAAGGCGGACGAACCCGAGCCCAUUUCUCCCACAGGUGAUCUAAGGCGCGACGAGCGUAUUCGGAAACUGAACCGCACCCUGUACACAAUUACGAAGCGGAUCAAGAUGCUGGAGGAGGCGGAUGUUGAUUUUAACGACGAGGACUCUAGCUAUCUGCAGGUGGAGCGUUUCAAGAAACGCGCCUGCCAAAUUUAUGAAAAAAUCUGUGAUUUAACCGGCGAAAGCAAGAGCGCCCAUCGCCACCUGAAGCAACCUAUCGUUUUUAAGGACACACCCUAUGAAGAAUUUAAUCGUACGUUGUCAGCUUUUGUCAAUCGGAUGAAAGAGUUUCCCGACUACCACGACGUCCUCCAAUUGCUGGAGCAUUGCAACAAGGAAAAGGAGCUGGGUCUAGCCAAGUUCGAGAUGAAACGAAUAGCUUAUGAUGCUUUCAAUAAAGUGGGACAACUCCUGCAAUCGCGGCGCAAAACCGAUCUCUAUGAGACUGUUACUCAUUUCACUUCGAACGACAAGGAUCCGGCUGCCAGUGAUCCGGAGCUGUUGGCCAAGCUGAAGGAAAACAGCAAGAAACAGAAAAAAAUAAGUGAUGUCCUAGAAAAGUACGCCCGAGAGCAAGACUUGAAUGCCGAGGAGAGACAAGAGGCACGGCAGAAGGAGAAGCAACUGAAGCAAAAGAUUGCCGAGGAGGCGGCCGCCAAGUUGGCUGCCAUGGCAGAGGAAGACGAUAAGCCAUGUACCAGUGCCCAGGCAGCGGCUAAAGCGGCUGCCGCCGCCGCCUUGCUAAAGGAAUCCGAGGCUGUUAUCCUUAAGGAUGAGAAACCUGGCGAGUCCAAUCCAAAAGAAGACGAGGACGGAGACGAUUCUGAAGAGGAGUCCGAAUCGGAAGAUGAAGAUGUGGACGAGUUCGUAGACAACUUCAAAGUCAAUGGCGAAGUCAGUGAUGCAGAGUCUGAAGCGGAAGCGGAUGUGGAUGCUGAGGAUGCGGAUGCGGAUGAAGAUAUAGCAGAUGCAGAGGAAGGAGAUGAGGGGGAUGUUCCAGAAGAGGGUGAGGUUGCAGCUCCAGAUGCAACAGACGAUGUGGCAAAAGUAGCCUCAAAGGAUAGUGCAGAUGUGAUAGACAUAACGAGAAGUGAGACUGACGCCAAGGACGACCAAUCCCUGCCCAACGGAAAGCUUAAGAUCAUGUCUGUCACCAGUCUGAACGCCAGCAUUGUCCACGAACCGAGCCCAACAUCCAAAAUAAGUGCAAAGCCUGCCAUCGACGCGGAGAUCGUUAUAUCGGACGAGGAGUUGUAAACAGAGAGACGCAUCUGCCGGCCGGCCUGCAACCCUAGUUGAGUAUUUUAUUUAUUUGGUUCUUGU